AUGCCCAUCGCACCCAUCACAGGAAAGCUCAGGAAGCGCCUUUGGCUCGACCUCUCCACGUCUCUCGGCCUUGGCACAGCAUGCGCAUACUUCUUCUGGUACAACGUCCAUCUCAAGCGUGUCCAGCGCCAGGAGGAGUUCUACCUCGCCCUCGAGCGCAAGAAAGCCCUUGCAUAG